GCCGGAGACAAUAUGGUUAUAAGAAAGAUAUCGCCUGGUGAAGAUGCAGUUGCUUGACAGCUAUGGAUUGUUUUCUAACCCUUUUCUCUUGUACACACCUCGCAAUAUAAGAUGGAUCCCAUGGUGAAAACCUACGCUUCGCCUGCUCCCCAGGUCUCCCAGAAGUUCCUCCCAAUCGCCGGCAUCCAUUGCGCCGUCUAUGGCCUGGAUGAACUUCCCGCACAUGCUAGGGAGGUAUCAUGUCUAUAUCUCAUGCAUCCACGAUUGAGCACGGCGGAUUCUAUGGAAGGGUUUGCGUGCCAUGCUAUCACAGAUUGGAACAACAGACUGCGCGGUGGCCGAGUGUCCGUUAACCAGGGAAACAAGGGCUUAAUCGCUGUAGCCUUUGACCAACGGAAUCAUGGCUCGAGGCUUGUCGAUAAGCUGUCAAACAGCGCUUGGAGGGAGGGAAAUCCAAAACAUGCGCAGGAUAUGUUUGCUACAUUUCAGGGCACCGCUCGCGACGUCUCUCUCUUAAUAGACUUCAUGGACGCCUAUGCCUUUCCCGACGCCUCGCGCAAAAUCACCACUAACCUCGCCCUCGGUGUCUCUCUCGGCGGCCAUGCAGCAUGGAGCUGCGUCCUACAUGAACCCAGAAUCACCAAUGCGGUCAUUAUCAUCGGCACCCCAGAUUACACAAGCCUAAUGACCGAGCGCGCCAAACUCUCCAAACUAUCAACUUGGAAAGACUCCACACCACCGGGCUCUCAAUUCCUCGGCUCGGAAUCUUUUCCUCCGUCUCUCAUGGACGCCAUCAGGAAAUACGACCCUGCUAGAUUUUUCCUAAGCCAGAUGAACCACCCCGCCGUCGCGGAGUCCAUGCUUCAUGGCACCCUUCCUGAGCCCACCGACCAUGAAAAGAAAACCAUCGGCCCGCUUAUAACCCGAUGCCUCCAGGGGAAAAGAAUAUUGCUGAUUUCUGGUGGUAAGGAUAAGUUGGUACCGUACGCGCGGGGCGAGCCUUUCCUAACAUGGCUAAAAAAAGCAAUUUCCCCAGGAGGCUGGUAUGCCGAUGGAGCUGUGACAUUGGAGGAUCUCAUAUAUGAGGAGGCGGGGCAUGAAGUUACCCCACCCAUGAUGGAGCAGGCCAUUCGAUUCAUUGGAGAGAGUCUUGCGGAGGGUGCGGAGAAUACGCAACCCAAGGUGCGGACGUCAAAGAUUUAGAAGAAACAACGUCGAAUGCUUCGUUUUCUGGCCUCUGGGUUAGUUCGCUAUUGGCACCCAUAUAGAUAUGUCGACGGUGAUUGGAUUUGAAGUAUUCCAUGGAACAAUAUUUAUGUCCCUAGCUAUGAAGCAUCGGUAGAUAAUGAAUUUGCUCGAGUAGGGGAACACUGAGAUAGAUAUACGUUAGAUCGGGAUUUCCCCAGGAGCAAAAUCCAUCAAUGUCAUGUUAUCGAGCUGUCGUAUAACUAUCGAAAUAGUUCCUGGCCCGACGUGGCUAAAUACAUCGCCUUUAGAACAAUAGAAGAAGCUGUUUUUUAUUCCGGCUAUGGUAUUUUAUUCGAUAUCGUUAAAAGAAAACAGAAAGGAAUUGAGGUUUAGGUUCUGGGAUGCACCAUGAUGGAACCCCAAUGCUCCUGCCCGGUAUAUUCCUACUUCGGCGUGUAGCAAAAUAAAAGCAAAUUUGGCCUCUUUUUAGGGGAAGGGGUCCAUUCCACAAAGUUUUUAAUUCCUUUUUCUUUCAUGGAACAGUAUCGAACCCGGAACCGCUCUAAGUAACGGGUCUUGACACAAAAAAAAGAUAAGAAAAAUACAUGGAUUGAAAGACCACCCUUAACACCCGUUCAUUAUAUUUUGCGUCCAAAUCGAAUAAUUCUCAUGCAACACACCCAUACACGCAUCGCAUCUAUGCAACGAGC